AUGCGGGUGGAAGAUUCUCAGCUCAUCGAUGAUCUACACCGACUCUCAAAGAAGUCGCCCAAGCUAGUACGAUCAACGGUGUAUACCGCGCCGUCGGAUCCUUCCAUCUCUGUUCGAAGCUGGAAGAUGAACGAAUUCAAGUAUUAUGACGUUCCAUCGCCAUUUCCAACGCUAGCGAGAGGUCUAUUCAGCCGUGAACUUCCAUGUGGAGAUGACCCUAAUGGAGAGCAAAAGUACCAAAUCGUAGCUCGAGGAUAUGAUAAGUUUUUCAACAUCGGUGAGGUCCCGUGGACCGAUUGGUCAACACUCUCCUUACAUACAGGACCCAUAUAUACGCUAUCACUCAAAUCUAACGGAUGCAUCAUAUUUGUUGCUUCCAUUUCUCCUUCGAAGCUGAUCGUCACGUCCAAACAUGCGCUGGGAUCGAUGCAAGGGGUGUCAGAAACACAUUCCGAGGUUGGUCAUCGGUGGCUCAAGAAGCACUUGAAAGAAAAGGGCAAAACCGAGGAACAGCUGGCAUCGAGAUUGUGGGAUAAGCAAUGGACAGCCAUCGCCGAGCUUUGCGACGACAGCUUCGAGGAGCAUAUACUUCCUUAUUCUGCCGAGAAGUCGGGUCUACAUCUCCACGGAAUAAACGAGACUGCGAAGGAAUUUCAUACUAUGCCUACAGAAACGGUCGACGCAUUCGCAGAAGAAUGGGGGUUUAUAAAGACGCCUGUCAUCACCCUGAACUCGAUUUCAGAGGUGAAAUCCUUCACCGACGAUAUUGCGAAAACUGGGAAAUGGAACGGCGAAGCACUUGAGGGAUUUGUAGUCCGUACGCACAUCAUCGAUCCAAAGCAGGGGUCUACCACUCGCAACGCGCGUCCUCCUUACCCAACAGGAUCCUCUUUCUUUUUCAAAGUAAAGUUUGAUGAACCGUACAUGAUGUAUCGCGACUGGCGGGAAGUAACCAAAAUCCUGUUGUCAACACAAGGAUCGCUCAACGACGCCAAAUUGCCGAAGUCGAAGUUGAAGCGGAAGGAUACCCACCUUUAUGUCGAAUGGGUAAAGAAGGAAAUAAGGCAUAAUCCCAGUGCGUUUUCGGAAUAUUCGAAAGGCAAAGGCAUCAUCGCCACUCGCGAGAGAUUCUUGAAAUGGAUGGAUACCGACGAAGGGAAGAAGGGGUUGGCCGUACAGAGUGAGGCGCCACCGACCACCAAGGAGUUUGGGAAGACGAUAAUUCUGCCUGUUGCCAUUCCCGGGUGUGGCAAGACCGCUGUUUCCGUUGCGCUUACUUCUCUAUUCGAUUUCGGACACACUCAGAGUGACGAUAUACAAGCGAAAAAAUCCGCCCCCGCGUUCAUCAGGAAUGUUGUUAACCUCUUGGAGCACCAUGAUAUUGUUAUAGCCGACAAGAACAACCACCUCAAGCAACAUCGUGACUCCCUACGCGAAGCCGUUGCCAAAAUGGACCCCCCUGUUCGUUUCCUCGCGUUGAAUUGGUCACUCGAUCGGCCUCAAGCAACAAUCCAUCGGAUAUGUGGUGACAGAGUUUUUGCGCGUGGUGAUAAGCACCAGAAACUUCGUGCUGACACCCUGACUAAGGUGCACGAAGACGUCAUAUGGCAGUUUAUCCGUGCUUCAGAGGAACUCUCCGACGAAGAGGUAGACGUGAGGAUAGAUAUGGACAUCGAAGAUACCCUUGAGCAAACCGUGGACCGUGCAGUCGCUGCGUGCGUCAGCAUCCUUGGUCUUCGACAGCCAAGUGCAGAUGAGAUCGACGAGGCCGUGUGCAAGGCCCGUAACUACGUGCCUCAGACAAAAAAGCCUCAAGAAGAAAAGAAGAAAAAGAAAGAUGAAGAACCCAUGCCGCGCUACUUCGGACUCCUGCCAGAAGUUGAUCUCAUUGAUGUCAUCGGGAAACAAAUGGAAAACGCAUCGGACGUACCAGAAAAUGGGAAAGCGUUCUGGAAUGCCCUCGUUGCCGGACAUCGUGUCACUGUGCGCCCCCAUAUCACUAUAGUGCACAGCAAAUCCCUCCCCGAUGCUAUUGAACUUUGGGAGCGGUGCUCACAACUCCAUAAAAUGGCACUUCCUCCCUCGUUCACCUUCACUCUCGGUCAUUUGGUCUGGAACGAACGAAUUAUGGCCAUUGCUGUGGAUGACUUCGAGCUCGACGGUUCACCAGACAAUCACUCUUCUGCAGGUCAGGAAGGGAGUGAGUUUGUGUCGAAAUUGUCGGAGGAAAUCCGAAAUGCUUUGCACAUAACGGUUGGAACAAGCGAUCCUGAGGUACUCCCUGUUGAAGCGAGGGCUCUUGUGGAAGCAUGGCGCUUUGAGAAAAGAUCAGGAAUCGGCUCAAUCGAACUUGAAGGGCUGACAGCGCGAGGAAGAAUCAAAGGAAUGUUUUAUUGA